GGGAGGAGGCCUAGUGGUGAUGCUGCUGCUUCUGCCGCCGCGACUGCUGAUACUCCAGUGAGGCUGGAAGGGUGGUUCCUAUUCGCACCGUCGCCAACCAGAGAGUGAGGGAAAAAAAUCCCAGCAGCCGCUGCUGAUGUUGGGUUCGGAGGCUGCGUCCGACUCGGUCACAAGGAAAAUGGAUUCAGUUUGCAUCUCUCCCUCCUUUCAACAGCUUCUCCGGGUCUCAGCAAGGGCUUCUAGGACAGCGGCUGAGGAGACCUUCCCGAGGGGCAGCACGCAGUAGCUGCUGAGCCAUCGCGCCCGGGAGAAGCAGCAGUAACAUGGCAGCCCCUGCUUGAGAGGAAUUAAACACCAACAGACUCCAUUCCGAAAGGAACCAUGUCCAAGAAAGGGCGAAAUAAGGGCGAGAAGCCCGAGGCGCUCAUUGUCGCCCUUCAAGCUGCCAACGAAGACCUCAGGACCAAGCUCACAGACAUCCAGAUAGAGCUGCAUCAAGAGAAGUCCAAGGUAUCUAAACUCGAGAGAGAGAAGACUCAAGAAGCCAAGAGGAUCCGUGAGCUGGAGCAGCGCAAGCACACGGUCCUGGUGACGGAACUCAAAACCAAGCUCCACGAGGAGAAGAUGAAGGAGCUGCAGGCCGUGCGGGAGAAUCUCAUCAAGCAGCACGAGCAGGAAAUGGCCCGGACAGUGAAGGUGCGGGACGGCGAGAUCCAGAGGCUCAAGUCGGCGCUGUGUGCGCUCCGGGACGGCAGCAGCGACAAAGUAAGGACAGCGCUCACCAUCGAGGCCCGCGAGGAGGCCCGGAAACUGUUUGAUGCAGAGCGCCUUAAGCUCUUACAGGAAAUUGCGGACCUGAAAACGGCCAAGAAGCAGGUGGAUGAGGCGCUAAGCAAUAUGAUCCAAGCGGAUAAAAUCAAGGCUGGGGACCUCAGGAGUGAGCAUCAGUCCCACCAAGAAGCCAUCUCCAAGAUCAAGUGGGAGUCGGAGCGGGAUAUUCGGAGGCUGAUGGAUGAAAUCAAAGCCAAGGACAGGAUCAUCUUUUCCCUGGAAAAGGAACUGGAGACCCAAACAGGCUAUGUACAGAAACUCCAGCUGCAGAAGGAGGCUUUGGAUGAACAGCUCUUUCUGGUCAAGGAGGCUGAAUGUAACAUGAGCAGUCCAAAACGAGAAAUUCCGGGAAGGGCAGGAGAUGGCUCUGAACACUGCAGCAGUCCUGAUUUGCGAAGAAAUCAAAAGAGAAUAGCUGAGUUGAACGCCACUAUAAGAAAAUUAGAAGACAGGAAUACCUUGCUUGGAGAUGAACGAAAUGAAUUGUUAAAACGCGUGCGGGAAGCCGAAAAACAAUGUAAACCUCUUCUGGAAAGGAACAAGUGCCUCGCCAAGAGAAAUGAUGAACUGAUGGUGUCUUUGCAGCGCAUGGAAGAGAAACUAAAAGCCGUUACCAAGGAAAAUUCAGAAAUGAGAGAAAAAAUUACAUCUCAUCCACCCUUGAAGAAAUUAAAAUCUCUGAAUGACCUCGAUCAAGCUAAUGAAGAACAAGAGACAGAGUUUCUAAAACUUCAGGUCAUUGAGCAACAGAACAUUAUUGAUGAGCUCACAAGGGACCGGGAAAAGCUCAUUCGUAGGAGAAAGCAUAGAAGAAGUUCCAAGCCAAUUAAGAGGCCUGUUUUGGACCCAUUUAUUGGCUACGAUGAGGACUCCAUGGAUUCAGAAACAUCAUCCAUGGCCUCAUUUAGAACAGACCGAACGCCAGCUACUCCUGACGAUGACUUGGAUGAAAGUCUAGCAGCUGAAGAAUCUGAGCUACGAUUCCGACAAUUAACAAAAGAGUACCAGGCUCUCCAAAGAGCCUAUGCCCUCUUGCAGGAGCAGACUGGAGGCAUCAUUGAUGCUGAAAGAGAAGCCAAGGCUCAAGAGCAACUCCAGGCAGAGGUGCUAAGGUAUAAAGCCAAAAUUGAAGAUCUGGAAGCGACUCUGGCUCAGAAAGGGCAGGAUUCACACUGGGUAGAAGAGAAACAACUUUUCAUUAAGAGAAACCAGGAGCUUUUAGAAAAGAUAGAAAAACAAGAGGCAGAAAAUCACCGGCUCCAACAGGAACUGCAGGAUGCCAGAGACCAGAAUGAGCUGCUGGAGUUUCGAAAUCUAGAGCUAGAAGAAAGAGAGAGACGAUCCCCUCCAUUUAAUCUGCAAAUUCACCCAUUCUCAGAUGGUGUGAGUGCUCUACAGAUCUACUGUAUGAAAGAAGGUGUCAAGGAUGUGAACAUCCCUGAUCUCAUAAAGCAGCUUGAUAUCUUGGGUGAUAACGGGAAUUUAAGAAAUGAAGAGCAAGUGGCUAUAAUUCAGGCCAGCACUGUGCUGUCCCUGGCAGAAAAGUGGAUCCAGCAAAUUGAGGGAGCAGAGGCUGCCCUGCACCAGAAAAUGAUGGAAUUGGAAAGUGACAUGGAACAAUUCUGCAAAAUCAAAGGCUAUCUGGAAGAAGAACUAGACUACAGGAAACAAGCUCUCGACCAAGCAUAUAUGAGAAUCCAGGAACUAGAAGCGACUUUGUACAAUGCUCUGCAGCAAGAAACUGUUAUCAAGUUUGGUGAAUUAUUAACUGAGAAACAGCAAGAGGAGCUGAGGACAGCAGUGGAAAAGUUACGGCGGCAGAUGCUGAGGAAGAGCAGAGAGUACGACUGUCAGAUUCUUCAGGAGAGAAUGGAGCUCUUACAGCAAGCCCAUCAGAGAAUUCGUGACUUAGAAGAUAAAACAGACAUCCAGAAAAGACAGAUAAAGGACUUAGAAGAAAAGUUUCUGUUUCUAUUCUUGUUCUUCUCUCUUGCCUUUAUUCUAUGGCCUUGAUGUCAAGGUGCCUCUUACAGAGUAACCGAAAACACGGAUAAGACCGCAGAAAAGCAGAUACUUCUAAACCUUCAAAGAUGGCAGAAAUGUUUACAGCAGUGAAAGGGAGAUCAGAAGCUUAGAACUAUAAUGUAGCCAGGACUACAACUGUGUAUUUUAAAGCCAUUAUUCAAGGUUUCUUACUUGACAGUUCCUACAUGACCCUGUUGAAAAUCUACAAUAUAUGCUGCAUUUAAUGAAACAUGUAUAGGUCAAACCAGAAGGAAAGAACUAUAAACAUAUAUUGCGUGAAGAAAACAAUUCAGCCAUGGAAACAGCUUCAGCAGAUCAAGCAAAGAUGUGUCUUGGGCAUGGAACCAAAGUUACAAAGAAACAUUCUACCCCUGCUGUGCAGGGGAGGUCAUUUUAAUGUAACACUACACCCCCAUGGAAACACUAGUCCUGAAAUAAACAUCAUUUUAAAAAAAUCAAACAAAAAAUAAGGGUGGGUGGGGAUUGAAGCACGAGGAAUACCUAUGAGGAGCUAUUUACAAUAAAAUAUUUCAUUUGAAAAGUCUGGUUUCUUACUACAGGGAUUUGCUUUUCUGUCUUUAUUAUUGUUUAAAACUCAGGAACUGAGACAUCUGCAAUUUGAGUGAGAAGAAAAGCAGUGUCUUGUUUUGCUGCAAACGGUGGAGCUUGUGGAAUGCAUUCCACACAUGACAGAUGAGAAGUGGAUCACAGUGACCCAGACUAAACUGGCAACCAAAGUGAAAGACCCAGGCGAAUGCAACAUAAGAAAUAACAGCAGAUGUUGAUGCUUCCUUGGCCUUCUGUCACAUCUGUGGUCCUCCAUGAACAACAAACUGAUCUCAUUCAUAUUGAAAAUUAAGAAGAUGAUGCUCUAAAUCACAAGCUCCCUGACUUAGAAUGUCAACGACUAUAGGGCCAGAGGCACCUCUGAAUCUUUCCAUUUCCAAAAUACUGGUCUUCAAAUGGCUGCUUAAAAUUGCCUGCAAAUAACAUGUUAUGGGAUUUGAUACAAAUAGAGGCGAUAAGUAAACUUCUACCAACAGUUGAGUUUACCACAGAGAUGUGACUAUUAAAUGAAAUUAUGAUUAUUUUUAGAAGUAUCCUGAUAUGCUUAGAGCAUUCUGACCUCUUGUCAUUUAGACUGAUAACGGUUUUUUUUUCCCCUAGAGAUCUGACAGCAACAAGGUAGCUCUACUUUUUUAUAUAAAAGUAACAUUGUGUUACUGAUAAGGUCAUUUUCUACCAGAGACAAUUAGAAGACUGGUACUUUCCUAAGUUGUGUAAUACUGAGUCUUGGAUUCAGCUCUGAGAGCAAAUAAAUGUUCCUGAAAAGCUAAUUUUAGCCUCAUUUACUGUAGAUAACAAAACAGCCUCAAUUUUUCAAAUUGUCAACGUUUUAUUUACAGGGCUAGCAUUCCCAUGCAUUAAGAAUGUGU